CACAUGUCUGUAUACGGGGAGGGCGGAGUGCUGCGACCUCAGGAAGGUUGCACAUGCCGGUGUUUGCUUCCGUGUAGUUUGUACCCUCUACAAGAUAUACACACUGAGUCUGUUAAUAGUAAUACGUUCAUUGUGCCUUCCGUUCCCAUGGACGAAAACAAAGCGGAUCACCCUUUUCUACGACAUGUUGAAAAGGAUGUUCUUAUUCCAAAGAUGAUCAGGGAAAAAGCCAGAGAGCUUUGUGCAGAUAAAGUGGAAGCCUUCACAAGUUGUUGUAAGGAAAGCGGUAUUCUUAUGGUGGUGAAAUGCAGAGAGGAAAAUGCAGCGCUGAAAGAGUGUCUCACUGACCACUACAAAGAUCCAGCAUUGUAUGAAGAAUGCAAACAAGAAUAUCUAAAAGAAAGAGAAGAAUUCAGAAGAACUGGAAUUCCUUCAAAGAAAAGAGAACAAAAAGUGCCAGCCAGCACGUAGCAAAAGCAAAUGGCAGACAUUGAUGAUAAAUUAUUACAGAUUAUCAUACAGAGUUUUAGGAUUUUCUAAGUACACUUUCCUGAAUAAAAUAUUUUCAUGUAA